GUCUUGGCGGUUCUCGCGGUUCUCCCUUCCCGGCGCUGGGCGCGCCGGUGUUUAACCCCGGGCGUCUCGGUGCGCUCAGUCAACGGCUUGUGAGAGCGCCCCGGGAGCCGGCGGGCGGCGACCCUCUCCGGGAACCCUCAGCGGGCCCAGGGGGACGAAAGUGGCUCUAGGUCCAGCACACACGCGUUGAAGCAAGGUUAAGGAGUUACUAUGAAGCACAGGUGCAGAUAGUGCCAAACAGGAAGCAGGUGUCAGGACGUGUUGCUGGAAAGGCAGUGUCCGAGUUGUUAUGUCCACCUCCAAAAACAGUUCAGCUCUGUAGGGGAAUUGAACUGCAGGCUAGCAGUGUCCGGUUAGCUAUUGUAGACGUGCACUUGACUGUUAAAAUGAGUAACAGAACAAGCAGUGACAGCCUGCUAGGGAGAGUGACUGGGGCAGCGUUCUCCUCUCCGCCUGCUGUCGACAUGGCAGAAAUCAGCCGGAUCCAGUAUGAGAUGGAGUACACUGAGGGCAUCAGUCAGCGGAUGAGGGUCCCCGAAAAAUUGAAAGUAGCACCACCAAAUGCUGACCUCGAGCAGGGGUUCCCAGAAGGCGCUCCGCAUGCGAGCGUGAUAAUGCAGGUUCCAGAAAGGAUUGUCGUAGCAGGAAACAAUGAAGAUGCUUCAUUUUCAAGACCAGCGGAUCUUGACCUUAUCCAGUCAACUCCCUUUAAACCUCUGGCACUAAAAACACCACCCCGUGUACUUACACUAAGUGAAAGACCACUAGAUUUUCUGGAUUUAGAAAGACCUCCUGCCACUCCUCAAAAUGAAGAAAUCCGGGCAGUUGGCAGGCUAAAAAGAGAACGCUCCAUGAGUGAAAAUGCUGUUCGCCAAAAUGGACAGCUGGUCAGGAACGAGUCCGUUGUGACACCAUCGCCACAACAGACUCGGGUCUGUCCUCCCCAUGUAUUCCCUGAAGACGGAGCUAAUCUUUCCUCUGCUCGUGGCAUUUUGUCGCUUAUCCAGUCUUCUACUCGUAGGGCUUACCAGCAGAUCUUGGAUGUGCUGGAUGAAAAUCGCAGUGUGAGAAGACAAAAUGAAAUACGUGGUGAAAGACCCGUGCUGCGGGGCGGGUCUGCCGCUGCCACGUCUCACCCUCAUCAGGACAGCGUCAGGUAUGGCAUUUCAAACAUAGACACAGCCAUUGAAGGGGCAUCAGAAGACAUGACUGUUGUGGACGCCACUUCGUUGAGACGACAGAUUAUCAAGCUGAACAGACGUCUGCAGCUCCUCGAAGAGGAAAACAGAGAGCGUGCUAAGAGAGAGAUGGUCAUGUAUUCCAUCACUGUGGCCUUCUGGCUGCUUAAUAGUUGGCUCUGGUUUCGCCGCUAGAGGUAACUUCAGCUCUCAGAAAUAUUGUCUCAACAGCUGCACAUAUAAAGGAUUUGCAAAUGUCUUUGUUUUUGUCUUUGCAUUGUAUGCCGUUUUACAGACCAGGCCCUGAAAAUGUAUUUCUUCUAGAAAGUAGGUGGGACGGGCCUACACCUGUGAAAGUCCAGGUGUGUCCUGUCACGGGCUCAGUGCACUUUUACACAGUUUCGCAGUAAUGCCUUCGUAGAAUUCUUCCUUCGCAUGUUUUAUAAAUAGACUUUACUUUUUUUUUUUUUAGAAAGAAUUGAUUUUUUCCAUCAUUGGUCUACAUGAUUCUUAGAAUAGGACAGAGCGUACACAGAUGAUGAAUUCAGAAAAGUUUCAGUGAAAGAAAAACAGUAUUAUGUCCUGUUUCUCAAACACUAUGAAAUAGUUCUGUUAGGUGUUUUUGCAUCUACAAAUCAACAUUAACACUUCUGAAGUUGUGGUUUGGUGCAAAAUUUGAGAAAGUCAAACCAGCUAAUACUUCACGGUCAAUGCUUCAUGAUCACAUGUACAGACUGGAGCAAGUCCCAUCACUCCCAUUUAUCCAGUAUGUUUGCAGUGUGUACCUGUUUAUUUUCAGUUGAGUUUUGCAAAUAAUUUUCUAAAAAGUCUGUUUUUACAAAGUCCCUGUGUGAACAAUUUGAAAAACUAUGAAAUAAGGUACAAAUGUAGUGUAUUUAAUAAACUGUCAACCAAAGCAA